AUGCAUCAACACAAGUAUGCUCUGGAGCUUAUUGCAGACCUGGGACUCUCAGGUUCCAAACCCGUGGAUUAUCCUAUAGAGACUAAUCCCAAGUUGACUACCUCUGAAUUUGAUGCUUGCACAGGAUCCUCUGAUGAUACUUUGUUGACUGAUCUUGGUUCAUAUCAAAGGCUCUUAGGGAAGCUACUUUACCUGACCAUCACAAGGCCAGAUAUCUCUUUUGUUGUUCAGAGUCUCAGCCAGUGUAUGCAUAUUCCUAAGGCUUCUUAUAUGGAAGCUGCACUCAAGGUGGUCAGAUAUAUCAAAUCCAGUCCAGGAUUAGGAUUCCUAUUGAAUGCACAUUGUUCUGAGUCUCUUUCGGCAUUUUGUGAUGCAAAUUGGGCUGCUUGUCCUAACACACGCAAUUCAGUCACAGGAUACUUUGUCAAGUUUGGAAAACCGAAGGGGACAUAUAUGCAGGCAGCCAAUGAGGUGAGCAAAAGAGAUGAGAUGCAUUGGACAAGAAGACAGACUAGUGAUUUUGAUCCUUAG